UACCUCCUUCAGUAUUCAGAGAGAUUACACGUCGGUUUGCAUCUGUCCUCUGUGUGUGUGUGUGUUUGAGUGAAUAAACGGCAACAUGGCCCCGAUUCAGAUGUACGCCCCAUCCCCUGUGCAGGAACAAUCCGGCUCAGCGAGUGACCGCAUUGGCACAUUUAGAGGCUUUGAGGAACGUAAUUCGCACGAAAACCAUAGGCCUACUUUUAGCGAGGACAACCAGUGCUACAAGAUCGUGGUGGACGUGGAGGCCUUCAUGGAGAGCGGCGUGAGGUUCGACGUGGUGAACGAGAACGAGCUGAUCAUCGAGAGCUGCGCGGAGAACGGCGAAGGGAACUCCGCCUCGAGGAAGGGCUUCUACCGCCGGUUCCUCUUCCCGAGCCUCGUCAGCGUUGAUACUGUGCGCUCAAUGUUGUCCCGCGACGGCAUCCUCACCAUCACCGUAGCUAAGAAGGCAACGUCCGAUCUAAACACUGGAGACAUUUCGUAGCCUCCAAGAAACCAGAUGAACGCAGAUGCAGAAUUCAGAAGCUCGUGUUGGGUAUGCUGCUAAAUAUCCAGGCUCCAGCGAAUGGGAACUAGAGAUGGAAUGAUCCUCUCAAGAAAAAUGAAAAGGGAUUCUGUACUUUGAUGUCCGUCCGAAGUUUCUGUCGACAUUACAGUACUGUUAAUGGGUUUUAUCCACCAGUUUGGACAGAGGGUGCUUUAGCGUAGAGAUCGGAUGCGGGUCCAUAAAAGUACCAUUCUUACCUGUGCUGAGUCUUCCAAUUCCAGAAAUCAGGUGUGUCUCUUGAGAAGAGUCUGGUCUAAAUUUCACUCUCAUUAAGUCAAGAUUACACGAGAAAUUGAUAGACGACGAUAAUUUCAAAAUUAUCUAACACUUUCAUACACAAAAAUAAAUGCAUAUCUAUCAGUCUAGACAUGCAUAUCUACCAUACAGAUAGAAAAUAUAUAUGUAUAUUUAUUUGAUAGAUCGAUAGAUAUGCAUUCAUUUCGGUGUAUAUGGAUGUCUGUUUAUACGAAUAUUCGUUGGGUCGGGCCUGGAACAAUUUUAACAAACCGGCCGCUUAUCUAUAUACCUCAGUAUCAGAUGUGCUUGAUGAAGAACGGCAGUUAGACCAGGUGUGCGUCCUUCCCAGACUAGGUAAAGCACGACUGUCUUCCAGAACUAUCAAGUGGAAGUGUAAAUGUUAUGUGUGCAAUAAUCUUCAACGUCAUAAUAUGUAUAUACAUUUAUAUAACAAAUGUUUUUAUAUGUUGCCUUUGUUGACUAUAUCAGUAAUAAAGUUGAAAUUACUCAUGCCGUAGCACAUGAUAAAGAAUAAUAAUGUCAUUCAUUCUAACAUAUAUGCGCGUAUAUUGGUAAAGUAAUUAAUACAUGAAAGACCACUAAAUUAAAAUUUAUGUAAGCAUUAUGAUGGCACCUGUGGAUAUAUUCUUAUUUCACUAACUCCAUAGUUUCGUUUACAUUCACUGAUUAUGAUCUAUAAUAAAGGAUAAAUGCCACU